AGUAACGUUUCAGACUCCUGUGAGGCUGUGAGCUUGGCAUUAACCUACACUAUAAACUAUCCAUUUCCAUCAUUUAUUGGAUCUGACACCAUCAAGCCAAGCCUUCUGCCUACGCUUGCAGCAUGGAUAUAACUCUUGUCACUGAACAUGUGUACGGUGUACUAUAAAGAAAAUAACCCUACUUCUACUAGUUUAUUUCUUUUAUCGCUAGUGAUGGAAACGAGGCCAUAGAGCUAAAAAAAAUGGCUCUGCAGUCUAUGCAAAGACAAACAAAAGACUCUCUCUCUCUCUCUUUCUUAACUGUUUUCUGAUUCAAAUAUUUACUUCAUGUACCCGGUAAUGUCAGAAAAGAUGUUCAAUUAAUGAGUUGUAAAAUCCCAAAGAUCCAAAAAAACUUGAGAAGAAAACGUGAAAACAUGCUCAUAGGUUAGUCGGUUUUGAUUUUUUUUUAAAUCAGAAGGCAAGAGUUAAUAGAUUGGUAAAGAAAAUAACUUGACUUGUCCCAUAAGCAACAACCUUGCCUAUGCUGUAGGCACUAAGCCUAAGACUAAACCCCUCUAAAACCCACAAGCUUCUUUAGAUCUCAGUAUCCUUCUUCUUCCUCUUUCAGGCUUCUAUAUAAAGCCAUUAUCAUCAUCAAGUUAUCUUUAUCAUGAGAAACCAUCAAGUUAUCUUCAUCAUGAGAAUGGGAGAAAUAAGAAAGUGGUAUGUGGCUAUAAUGGCGUUGAUACAAGUAGUGAGCUGGGUGUGUGCAACAAGCAGACCUAUUGCUUUCAGUCAUGUUUCUUUUCAUCCAGGGAUAUUAAGCCCACAGGCGGCAGAACACAACUCUAGGAGACCACCUAUAUUGAAGCCAAAUGAGAAAACAGAGAUAGGAGAGAUGGAGAAGAGAAGAAUAGGAUCAAAGCCACCAAAUUGUGAGAAGAAAUGCUAUGGAUGUGAGCCAUGUGAAGCAAUCCAAGUCCCUUCCAUUUCUUCAGUUCCUAACCUCUCUACUCAUUAUGCUAAUUACCAACCUGAGGGUUGGAGAUGCCACUGUGCCCCUUAAUUAAUCACUUCUUAUUCCUUAAUUAGACUUUGUCAACAACUUAACAUAUAUCCUACAUGUCUCUCUUUUUAAAUUAUUAUCAUCAGCAUUGUGGACUUUUAGUAACUACAAGAUAUUUCAUAUGUAAUUAAUCAAAGUUAUUUAAAAUGAGAAACGUUAAUCAACUUAUCAUCGCAUACCAUUUUGAGCUACGUAGUAUGAAGUAUAAACUGAUACUUAUGUCUGCAACGUGAUCCAAGCUGUCUAAAUUUUGACAGGAGAUAAGACGAAGACAGCAAUUAAUUUACGGUACGUUGUUCUUCUAUGUUGCUGAAAAUACUCAAGUGUUUUAUAAUUGAUACUAAGUGGCUUCCUAAAUGCAGAUCAGAUGAUCAAACAUCCAUAUGCAGCGUUUGCAUAGAUCAUUGAUGGGAAGACACUUACAUAUUGCUUCGGAGGAUGAUAUUUAGCAUCAAUUACUUGCACUAGCAGUUGGACGUGUCUCUCCCAAGCAGAAAGCACUUUGUAAGACUGAUGCACCACAAGUCCUAAUAAUAGCUUCUGAUUGUUGAUUUGAACCACUUAUGCUGGUUUAUCAAU